CGCCAUGGCGGCCCGGAGCGCCCCGAGCUGCCACCUGCGGCUCGAGUGGGUGUACGGCUACCGGGGCCACCAGUGCCGCAACAACCUCUACUACACGGCGGCCAAGGAGAUCGUGUACUUCGUGGCGGGCGUCGGCGUGGUGUACAGCCCGCGGGAGCACCGGCAGAAGUUCUACCGCGGACACAGCGACGACAUCAUCAGCCUUGCACUGCACCCUGAACGAGUAUUGGUGGCAACAGGACAAGUUGGGAAAGAGCCUUAUAUCUGUGUUUGGGACUCGUACACUGUGCAGACCAUAUCAGUUCUAAAGGAUGUGCACACACACGGUAUAGCUUGCUUAGCGUUCGACUUAGAUGGGCAGCGCUUGGUUUCAGUUGGACUUGAUUCAAAGAAUGCAGUCUGUGUUUGGGAUUGGAAAAGGGGUAAAGUGUUAUCUACGGCUCCUGGUCACACAGACAGAAUAUUUGAUAUUUCUUGGGACUUGUACCAGCCAAAUAAACUUGUCAGCUGUGGUGUAAAACAUAUCAAGUUCUGGAGUUUAUGUGGAAACGCUCUGACCCCCAAGCGAGGUGUCUUUGGGAAGGCUGGUGACCUUCAGACAAUUCUAUGUCUGGCCUGUGCAAGAGAUGAGUUGACGUAUUCCGGUGCACUCAGCGGCGACAUCUAUGUCUGGAAAGGAGUAAAUCUCCUAAGGACGAUCCAAGGAGCCCAUACUGCAGGAAUCUUUAGCAUGAAUGCUUGUGAGGAAGGCUUUGCCACAGGUGGACGGGAUGGCUGCAUUCGUCUUUGGGAUUUAACUUUUAAACCGAUUACUGUGAUUGAUCUCAGGGAAACAGAUCAGGGCUACAAAGGUUUGUCUGUGAGGAGUGUUUGUUGGCGAGGCGACCACAUUCUGGUUGGAACACAGGACAGUGAAAUUUUUGAGAUCGUGGUGCAUGAGAGAAAUAAGCCUUUCCUGAUUAUGCAAGGGCACUGUGAAGGGGAGCUCUGGGCCCUGGCCAUCCAUCCUACUAAGCCCUUGGCAGUAACCGGGAGUGACGACCGUUCAGUCAGGAUCUGGAGCCUAGUGGAUCAUGCACUGAUUGCAAGGUGCAACAUGGAGGAACCAAUUCGUUGUGCUGCUGUGAAUGUCGAUGGGAUCCAUCUUGCCCUUGGAAUGAAGGAUGGUUCAUUCACUGUACUGAGAGUGAGAGAUAUGACGGAAGUUGUGCAUAUUAAAGACAGGAAGGAGGCGAUUCAUGAGUUAAAAUACUCUCCAGAUGGAACUUACCUUGCCGUUGGGUGCAAUGACAGCUCAGUUGACAUAUAUGGAGUUGCUCAUCGUUACAAAAAGUGCGGGGAGUGUGUCGGAUCACUUAGCUUCAUCACUCAUCUGGACUGGUCCUCAGAUUGUAGAUACUUACAAACAAAUGAUGGAAAUAGUAAAAGACUUUUCUAUAGGAUGCCAGGAGGAAAAGAAGUGAAAAAUAAAGAAGAAAUUAAAGGUAUUCAUUGGGCUUCAUGGACAUGUGUUUCAGGCCUUGAAGUAAAUGGAAUUUGGCCCAAGUAUUCAGAUAGCAGUGACGUAAAUUCGGUAGACGGGAACUUUGUUGGCCAAGUUUUAGUCACAGCUGAUGACUAUGGCAUUGUGAAGCUAUUCCGAUAUCCCUGUCUAAGAAAAGGAGCCAAAUUUAAAAAAUAUAUUGGUCAUUCUGCUCAUGUAACCAAUGUCAGAUGGUCACAUGAUUAUCAGUGGGUUAUUUCUAUUGGAGGAGCAGAUCACUCUGUCUUUCAGUGGAAAUUUAUCCCCGAAAGGAAAUUAAAAGAGGCUCUUCACAUAGCGCCUCAAGAAAGUCUGGUGGACUCUGACAUUGAUGAGUCAGACUCAGACCUGUCUGAUGUUCCAGAACUAGAUUCAGAAAUUGAGCAAGAGACUCAGCUCACCUACCGUCGACAGGUUUAUAAAGAAGAUCUACCUCAUCUUAAAGAACAAUACAAAGAGAAACAAAAAAGUGGUACUUCUAAAAGAAGAGAACAGGCUCCAGGGAAUAGCAUUCGAUUACACUUUGUUCACGGCUAUAGAGGUUAUGAUUGUCGAAGUAACCUGUUUUAUACUCAAAUUGGUGAGAUCGUGUACCACGUGGCAGCGGUGGGUGUCAUUUAUAAUCGACAGCAGAACACGCAACGCUUCUACCUGGGUCACGACGAUGAUAUUCUCUGCCUGGCGAUUCAUCCUCUAAAGGACUACAUAGCAACGGGCCAGGUAGGCAGGGACCCCUCAAUCCACAUAUGGGAUACUGAGACCAUUAAACCAUUGUCGAUACUCAAGGGUUACCACCAGUAUGGGGUCUGCGCUGUGGACUUCUCAGCGGACGGGAAACGUUUGGCUUCAGUUGGAAUUGAUGAUGGCCACAGUGUGGUACUGUGGGACUGGAAGAAGGGCGAGAAACUUUCAGUAGCAAGAGGAAGUAAAGAUAAGAUUUUUGUGGUAAAGAUGAACCCUUAUGUGCCGGACAAAUUGAUUACAGCUGGAAUUAAACACAUGAAAUUUUGGCGCAGAGCAGGGGGAGGAUUGAUUGGAAGAAAAGGCUCCGUAGGCACCCUGGGGAAAAAUGACACAAUGAUGUGUGCAGUGUAUGGAUGGACUGAAGAGAUGGCUUUUUCUGGAACAUCCACAGGAGAUGUGUGUAUAUGGAGAGACGUCUUUCUUAUAAAAACAGUUAAAGCACAUGAUGGGCCAGUAUUCAGUAUGCAUGCGCUGGAAAAAGGGUUUGUGACUGGAGGGAAGGAUGGUAUUAUAGCUCUUUGGGACGACUCUUUUGAAAGAUGUCUCAAGACCUACGCUAUAAAAAGAGCUGCCUUGGCCCCAGGAUCUAAAGGUCUGCUUUUAGAAGACAAUCCGUCCAUACGUGCCAUCUCAUUAGGACACGGGCACAUUUUAGUUGGCACUAAGAAUGGCGAAAUCUUAGAGGUGGAUAAAAGUGGUCCAAUAACGCUUUUGGUUCAGGGACAUAUGGAAGGAGAGGUGUGGGGCUUGGCUACACAUCCUUACCUACCCAUUUGUGCUACUGUGAGUGAUGAUAAGACCUUAAGAAUAUGGGAUCUCUCUCCUAGUCACUGUAUGCUGGCGGUCCGGAAACUGAAAAAGGGGGGGAGAUGUUGCUGUUUUUCUUCUGACGGUAAGGCUUUAGCUGUAGGACUCAAUGACGGAAGUUUCUUGCUGGCAAACGCAGACACCCUGGAGGAUCUUGUCACCUUUCACCACAGAAAAGAUGUUAUUUCGGAUAUUCGGUUUUCACCAGGCUCUGGGAAAUACCUGGCUGUGGCAUCCCACGAUAGCUUCAUAGACAUCUACAACGUGAUGAGCAGUAAGCGGGUGGGAACAUGCAAAGGCGCCACCAGUUACGUGACCCACGUGGACUGGGACAGCAGCGGAAAGCUCUUACAGGUCAAUACUGGUGCUAAGGAACAGUUGUUCUUUGAAGCUCCUAGAGGGAAAAAGCAAACCAUCCCCAGUGCAGAGGUAGAAAAAAUUGGUUGGGCAUCGUGGACAGGUGUGCUUGGUGUAUGCUGUGAAGGGAUUUGGCCAGUGAUUGGAGAAGUCACAGAUGUCACCGCCUCUUGCCUCACCAGUGACAAAAUGGUCCUUGCGACUGGAGAUGACUUGGGAUUCGUGAAAUUAUUUAGAUUCCCUGCUAAAGGAAAAUUUGCAAAGUUUAAGAGGUAUGUGGCCCAUAGUACACAUGUGACAAAUGUUCGCUGGACUCACGAUGACAGCAUGUUGGUCACCUUAGGAGGUGCAGAUAUGUCUUUGAUGGUUUGGACAAAUGAACUGGAGGGCUAUCGAGAAAAAAGGCCUUGCGACAGUGAAGAAUCUGACAUCGAUUCUGAAGAAGAUGGAGGCUAUGACAGUGACGUCACAAGGGAGAAUGAAAUCAGUUACACCAUCAGAGCCUUAUCAACAAAUAUCCGCCCAACAUUUGGAAUCAAGCCUCAUUUGCAGCAAAAAGAACCCUCACUUGAUGAAAGGCCCCCGGUGAGCAGAGCCCCACCUCAGCCGGAGAAACUUCAGACAAAUAAUGUCGGCAAGAAAAAGAGGCCCAUAGAGGACCUGGUCUUGGAGCUUGUGUUUGGCUAUCGGGGCAGAGACUGUAGGAAUAAUGUUCACUAUUUAAAUGAUGGCGACGAUAUAAUUUAUCACGCUGCAUCCGUCGGCAUUCUGUACAACGUCGUCACAGGGACGCAGAGUUUUUAUCAGGAGCACAGUGAUGACAUCCUGUGCCUCACUGUCAACCAGCACCCCAGGUUUAGCAACGUGGUGGCGACUGGCCAAGUAGGGGACUCGUCAGACAUGUCAGCUACCGCUCCAUGUAUCCACAUCUGGGAUGCGAUCACCAAGCAGACUCUGUCUGUGCUGAGAUGCUACCACUCCAAGGGCGUGUGCUCAGUCAGCUUCAGUGCCACUGGGAGACUCCUGCUGUCUGUGGGUCUAGACCCAGAGCACACUGUCACCAUCUGGAGAUGGCAGGAAGGUGCCAAAAUUGCCAGCAGAGCAGGUCACAACCAGCGUAUUUUUGUGGCAGAAUUCAGACCAGACUCAGAUUCCCAGUUUGUCUCUGUGGGCGUGAAGCACGUGAAGUUCUGGACACUGGCAGGAAGGGCUCUUCUUAGCAAGAAAGGCCUGCUGAGCACGCUGGAAGACGCCCGGAUGCAGACCAUGCUGGCUGUUGCCUUUGGUGCAAAUAACUUGACGUUCACAGGUACCAUCAGUGGAGACGUCUGUGUGUGGAGAGACCACAUUCUGUGCAGAGUCGUGGCCAGAGCUCACAACGGGCCUGUGUUCACCAUGUACACCACCCUGCGAGAUGGCCUCAUUGUCACUGGGGGCAAGGAAAGGCCAUCAAAAGAAGGAGGAGCUGUCAAACUGUGGGACCAGGAGCUGAGACGAUGCCGUGCCUUCAGGCUGGAGACGGGGCAGAUCACAGACUGUGUUCGCUCUGUGUGCAGAGGCAAAGGCAAAAUACUAGUUGGGACAAGGAAUGCAGAAAUCAUCGAAGUCGGAGAGAAAAAUGCAGCAUGCAGUAUCUUAGUUAAUGGCCAUGUAGACGGGCCCAUCUGGGGACUAGCCACACAUCCUUCUAGGGAUUUCUUCCUUUCGGCCGCAGAGGACGGGACAGUGAGACUCUGGGACAUUGCCGAUAAAAAGAUGUUGAAUAAAGUGAAUUUGGGGCAUGCCGCUCGUACUGUAUGUUACAGUCCUGAGGGCAGCAUGGUGGCUAUCGGAAUGAAAAACGGUGAAUUCAUCAUCUUACUGGUGAGCUCGCUCAAAAUAUGGGGAAAGAGGAGAGACCGGCGGUGUGCGAUCCAUGACGUCAGAUUCAGUCCAGAUUCGCGGUUCCUGGCAGUGGGUUCCAGUGAGAACUCAGUGGAUUUUUAUGACCUGACAUUGGGCCCAACACUUAACAGAAUCAGCUACUGCAAAGACAUUUCAGGCUUUGUUCUUCAGAUGGACUUCUCUGCAGACAGCAGGCACCUCCAGGUCUCCACCGGCUGCUAUAAGCGGCACGUCUAUGAAGUGCCUUCCGGAAAACCCCUUAUGGAUCAGGCCACCAUUGACAGGAUCACUUGGGCUACGUGGACGAGCAUCUUAGGAGAUGAGGUUCUGGGGAUCUGGUCCCGACACACCGAUAGAGCUGACGUCACCUGUGCCUGUGUGUCCCACUCGGGAAUCAGCCUCGUAACAGGAGAUGACUUUGGCCUGGUUAAGUUAUUUGACUUUCCCUGUCCUGAGAAAUUUGCAAAGCACAAAAGGUUCUUGGGUCAUUCACCCCACGUGACGAACAUUCGCUUUACCAGUGGUGACCGACAUGUCGUCAGUGCUGGAGGCGAUGACUGCAGCUUAUUUGUCUGGAAAUGUGUCCACACGCCUCACUGAGAGACGGAUGCAGAGAAGACGAUGUGAAUUGACAGCCCUGAGCAGAGUCACAGAUCUCAACAACCAAACCUUGUGUGGUCCAGUGGUGCUAAUUUAAGACUGUCAGUAGGGAUAAACCCCCAGGAUCAUUAGAGCAAAAGACUGAGACGUUGCAAACAUUUGCUCUAUGCACUGGGUGACCACCCGUUACCCAGCCACUGCCAGAUAAUUUUUUUUUUUUUUUAGAUUUUAUACUUUUUUAUCUCUAUUUAUUAGAUAGAGACAGAAAUCAAGAGGAAGGGGGUGAUAGAGAGGGAGAGAGACAAAGAGACACCUGCAGCCCUGCUUCACCACUCGUAAAGCUUUCCCCCUGCAGGUGGGGCCCGGGAGCUCGAACCCGGGUUCUUGCACACUGUAACAUGUGCGUUCAACCAGGUGCGCCACCGCCCGGCCCCAGGUAUCCUUUCUCAAGGAAGGCGUGACUGGAAUGCCAGGAUGGUGCGGGCUGGCCUCUCGCUUCUGGGAGUGCAGAUGGGGCAAGCCUGCAGGGAGUCGGCCAGCACUCCUCAAAAAACAAGCCAGAACCUUCAAAGCCCCACGGGGACUUUUUUUUUCUUCCUUUACUUUCCUUUUUUCUGCCAAACUGAAUUAUCCUUUUAAUAGUUGCAUUUAGUUUUCAAAGGUUACUGCUGAGUAAAGGAAUUCACCUGUUUACAGAAGGAACACUGUCUUUUUAACGCGGGUUCAUGACUGUGUGGGACAGACAUCUUCCAGCAGAGUGAAAUUGAGGCAUAAACGCAAACGCGAGCAGAAUAUGGCCAUUCUCCUGAGCUGUUAGUCUUGUUAUGUUCAGUUAUCUCUGUAACUAAAAAAUCGAAAUAGAAUGAAAGCCUCAUUAGACUAGUAGGCUGGUCGAAUGAACAAUCCAUUCUCACCAGUGCAGUUUUUAAAGUCUCAGGUAGCAAAGUAUUUAAGAUGUAGUCUCCUCAACAUGUGAGCCAUGGGGCUCAGUUCACAUUUACAAAGUUAAGAGCGUCACUCUUAAAAUAGGUAUUUCCUAGCCUCCUUUCUACUGGAAAAAUAUUAGGUCUCUCAUUUAAAAAUGAGUAAAUGCAGGCCCACUUGCAAAACUUAUUUACUAAAAUUCAUUUUUGGUGAUCAGGGCUGAAUUCUUGAAUCUUUCUUUUUCUUCACUUUAAAUGCUGCCAAAGAUCAGUACAGGAACUUGCUGUUCAGCCUGUCUGUAGCUUCUUGAAGGCUGAAAUCGUGUAGACUGCUAUUUUAAAAUAUAUUUUUUCUAAAUGUAAAGUUUUAAGUGCUCUAUUGGUCCUGUAAAUAUUCAUUUUGAUGUAUUAGCUAUGUCUCUAGCAUCACGGGCCCCUUCGGGUCCAUGGAAAUCUCACCGAGUUUGACAAGAUAUAGAAAAGUCCGUUUUACCUUCUGAGUAGUAAACACAAUGACUGACUCACCAGUCAGCUCUGGAGUUCUCACAGCCGGGCCUGAAGGGCUGAGGAAAGCACAGUGGGGUGGAAGGCCUGCGCCACUGCUUGGCGGUUCACCCCAGUGGUUCUGCAGUGGAGCCAGGUCUCACAGCACCCUACCUGUUCCAGGGCAUUCGAAAGGGUCCCACAUAGGGAGGGAAGGGGGCCAGGCAGCAGCACACCAGGGUGAGCGCACACAGCUGAGGCUGGAGCACUGCGCAAGGAUCCUAGCUGGAGCCAGUCUCCCCACCUGCAGGGGGGUGGCUUCGCUUAAGUGUCUCUCUCCCUCCUCUCCAUUUCUCUGUCCCAUCCAAUAAAAUGGGGGGAACGGCCGCCUGGAGCAGUGGGUUUGUAGUGCAGGUACUGAGCCCCAGCGCCAACCCUGGAGGCACCCACUUCCCUGCAUUUCUUGAGCUUGCUACAGUUUCAGACUUUCCUUCUGGGCCCUACAAGUUUGCCAGCUUUUAAUUAAAGAAGUUUCCCUUCCAUCCUAGUGCAGGGAGAAACUGUGCCCGACUGAGCGAGGCGGCUAGAGAUGCUCCCCACGGGCUCCCGCUCCGCCGGUGGCCGGCCUGUCGGCCUAUCGGCCUGUCGCUGUGGCUUGUCACCUGCUCGGCAGCCGCCUGACAGAGACCAUCCCCGCACCAGCCCGCACCAUCUAAGGGAGGGGCUUCCAGACCGCCCUGGACUUUUUCAAACCACACAAUUACUUUUGGGCGCAGUGCCUAAACCCCCUGCUUUGUACCGCGGCCCGUCCCGCCUGGCACCUGGGCCGCGUCUGUGUCAGAACGUGCCGGCCGACUCCAUGGUGGCCACCCAAUGCUGCAGGCAGCCAUGCAGGCGUCUCACGGCCUUCUCAUCUCCCAGCUGCGAUCCUCUUACUGGCGGAUCACUUUAGCGCAGGUAAUCCCAGCUGGCCAUUAGCCAGUCACUGAAAUGUAAGAUUAGACUUCCCUUUUUUUAAAAAAUUUUUUUUUUAUUAUUUUAUUUUCCCUUUUGUUGCCCUUGUUUUGUUGUUGUAGUUGUUAUUAUCGUUGUUGUUGAUGUCGUUGUUGUUGGAUAGGACAGAGAGAAAUGGAGAGAGGAGGAGAAGACAGAGGGGGAGAGAAAGACAGACACCUGCAGACCAGCUUCACCACCUGUGAAGCGACUCCCCUGCAGGUGGGGAGCCGGAGCUCGAACCGGGAUCCUUAUGCCGGUCCCUGCUCUUUGCGCCAUGUGCGCUUAACCUGCUGCGCUACCACCCGACCCCCCUGAAAUGAAAGAUUAAACUUGAGUAUUUCACGGCAGUGUCUAUGAUCUAACAACCAGAUGUUAGCAUGUGAUUACCUUUUAAAAUGGCUGAACAGACCACCUAAGACCCCUUUACCCGUGUGUCAUCUUUAUAGUGGGAUUAUAAUAACAUAAUUACAUACCAUUUAUAGUAAUGGUACAAAAAGUCUGUCCACACUUCUGGAAAAUACAUCAUGUGGAACAACUGCCCCUACAGGAGAUGUGAAGCAUGUCAGGCAAGUGGCACGGGAGUGAACGUGUGCCUGGACCAGGUGGGGCGCUGACACGACCAGGUGGGACUGUCUGGCUCUGCAGCUUUGUGCGCCCGCUUUGAGGCCUUGUCCUCCUGUUCCAAGCCUUCCCCUUGCCAGCAGACAGGUUAGUAACUGGCGUGUUUUACUCCCAAUGGGAGGCAGGCUCGCGAGACAGGAUCCUGCUGGUUCGAUGCCCUGAGGUCCAUACUUUCAGGCAUGUUUUUUCACCCUUUGGGUACAAGACUAAACAGGUCAAGCAACUUGUAUUCUGUGACAGUUUAUAAUUUGCUUUUCAGAAAGUCUGAGUAUUUGUUAACCCCUCUGCAUUACUUCGCUCUGUUCUGACAAAUACCUACUAUAAAACACCUACUCUUAAGUCAAGACUUUCAAGAUGAAAGAUGCUUGUUACUCCAUUUGAGAGCAUUGACACUUCUUGCCUUAACGAUUUUAAAACCCACCCAAAACCUCUAUUCAGUCACCCAAGUUUAGUCCUAAUUUGCAGUUUACCCAUCUGAUCUCUCUAAUUGUAUAGUUUGCCAUUUAAAAUAUACUAUUUAAAUCUGAUUUCUACAUUAAAAAAUGUAUCUUCACUACUAA